AUGAGCACGACAGCCACCGACUCUUCAUCCGGCUCGGGUACGAACACCAAUACAGCCUUGUUCCCAACAUCAAGCUCUUCCAAUCCGUCUAAUCCUCCUGGUGAUGGUCCCAACGUUUAUUAUUUAGUUUUCCUCGGCGUUCUCGUCGUACUUCUUUGCAUGGCGGCAUGUUUAGGUUUUCGAGCUUUCCGCUUACGACGUCGAUAUCAAUCUGCAACUCAACGUGCUAUUGCUCGCGGGGAUCCUUUGCCGGAUGUGAGAGAUGAUUAUUGGGGUCUUGGUGGUUUGAGCGCAUGGACACAGGAAGGUUUAGAUCGACUCACUAAUUCUCCUGGGACGGAAGAGUGGGCAGUACGACGAGAUGGACGUAAAACGAAAUGGGAUAGAAUACCACGAUUAUCCGAAGCGAUACCUUUACCUGAGAAAGAACGAGAGUCCUCUCAUCAUGACUCGUGGAAUUUUGAGCCUUUAACAUUACAUUCUCUUAAACCUCUUGAAACUCCUCUCAUUUCCGAAUCGAUAGAUGAAGAUCAAAUCGGUACCACACCUUUCCAAUUACGUCGAAUGGGUCCUCGUCCUCGUCCUCCACCACUUGGUCUGUCGAAUUUCGUUCAUCGACGUAGACCAGAUCCUAAUUCUGAAGGAUCACCUCCUCCAGCGAGACCAGAGCCGAUGAAAGAGUUAGAUAGGGGAAUUGGUUCAGGGGAAAUGUUAAGAAUUGCAGUGAUGGUACAAAUGCCCCAACGUGGUUCUUUCAACGUGAAAGGGGACGAUAGGGAAAGGCAGGAUGAGGAAGAUGAAACAGGUUGGGAACCAGGUAUGGAAAUCGGGGUAUGGCAAGGUCAAAUCAGAAAGUGA